GAACAACUCACAUUCGACAUUUGGGCGGUGUGAUGAACUCGUAUCACGUCAAGUACAAGUGUCUCCAGGAGCUCGAGGAUGGGACGCUCAAGCCGCGAGAAGCUGCGAAGAAGUACAACGUGAACAACCGAACGAUUUCCCGAUGGAAAGCGGAUGCCGAUAGCAUUCGCCAACGAGUGGAGUCGGCGCCACCUGGCGCCAAGUUGACACGGAAGCCGCGUACGGACUUCAAGCGCAAGGAACGACCGCUCUCGAAAGACGAACGACGAUUCAAGACGUUUAUCGAGUCACGCAGCAAAACAUCCAAGCUCCGCAUGGCCGACGUGAUUGCCAAAUGCCAGCAACUCUUGCCGACGUCGGCUGGCAAACAAGGACACAACUUGUACAUGUACGUAUUUCGGUGGUUGCGGCGGCACCAGCUCAUGGAUUGCGUUGCGUUCAACACGACCGGCCGUCCCAAGGCUCACACGAGCGACGAAGACAACGACGAUGACGACUUGGAGGCAGACGACAGGGACGAGGCAGCGGAUGCCGCAUAUUACGACGCGCAAACGGCACGACCGUCGAACGACGCUCCAUCGUCGUCCGACGAAGAAGGCGUGGCAAAUGGUGGAGAAAAAUCGACCGCGCGGUCCGACGAAAUGAGUGUCAUCUACGCGCUGACGGCGCUCGCCGAGGGCAGUGGGAACGGCGACAGCAUGUCCAAAAAGGGAAAGAAAAACGCUGCCGCAAAAGAGCCCAAGCCUGCGCCGUCGACUACCCAGAGCGAUGCAGCACAAGGCGUAGCGACGGACAAAUCCGGCGACUCAAAAACAGAACAAGGGGAGCAGAGCCAGGCGCAAUCGUAGGUGCAACGGGGUGAAUCGAUUAUCGAUGACUACUGGUGUGGGAGACUGGAUGAAUCGAUGACGCGGCGCCAUGUUGGCCAAAGAUGGUGGAACGAAUUGUAGAUUGAUGCGAGAGAGAAGUGGCACGAGUUCACCACCGCUGCAUGCGGCCGUCACACCACCCAUCUUGCGACACAACUGAACGCAGCAGUGUCUGCAGUGAUCAUGCCGGUUCUUCGCACUGGAGACGGAGGCCCAGGUUCAGGUUGUUCUCUCAAAAUCUUUCCAAAUGCUUCAGCGAUAUCAUCACUGUGAACUGGACGAGGAGAUGUGGAGAAGGGCAGUCGGGUGGAUUUAAUCUUCGUCGUCGUCGGAGAAUGGAAGCAGUGAGAUCCCACCGAGGAACGACAGGACUUGAGUGUCCCGCGUGCGAUCGAUGAUCUGUUUCAUGUCAGCAAACGACAACCCAUCGCGCAAAUGGGAGUAGAUAAAUUUGACCAUGGGGAGGUCGCCGCGGCGUGCGGCAUACAUAAGCGCGCGCGGCGUGGCCCUUUCUUGGCGCACGAGUAGCAGAAGAAUCACAAUUCGAAGAUGCCCGCCAAGGGCGGCGCCAUCGACGGCGUCACUCGAGCAAACUGCUUGCGUAUUGUGCAACGUCAUGACGGUAUCGAAGUGGCCGGCGGUCGCCGCGCGGUCCAUCGCCGCGGACGUGCAUCCUUCGGUACGGAACACAUGCAGGAAGAGCACGAUGUCGUCAAAGCCACCGGCGGCGGCGUCGUCCAUGGCAUCUGUCGUGCAGCCCUCCGUGCGGUGGAAAUGCAAGAAGGUGACAAUUUCUCGAUGCCCGUACUUCGCGGCAGCGUCCAUGGCGGUGGAGGAACAGCCUUGAUGUCUAUGCUCAUGAAGAAACUUCAACACGUGAAGAUGGCCAUGCCGGGCAGCAAGAUCGAGAAGUGGGCCUUCGAAGGAUCCAAUUCCCAACACAUCGUGGAGUUGUGCGACGAGUGGGAGGUUGCCAUCGCACACAGCGUAGAACGCCACGAGGGAGCGCAUGUAGUGCAUACACCCCAACAUCUUAAAGAGAGUGUGUGAACAGGACUGAUGUGAUUGGAACCAUGCUCGCAAAAUGGAGUGAAGGAGGGCAUGGUCGUCUGGAUGUCGGUCUUCCAUCGGCUGAGCAAGCGCUUCGCCGCGGCGGACGCGUCGGAACGGUGUCAUCGACUCAUGCAGGGUCAUAAAGUCGUAGUAGAUGCCUCCUUGGUAACUAAACACCACUCGAAGCAUCUCGAUGGAUCGCAACACGCCAUCGCCGCUCGAUGGGUCGGACUGCCGUCGCUUCUUCGUCAUUCUCGAUCCAAC